CCGGUCUGUUCUUUCUUCAUUCAGUGACAGUCAGUGGAGUUUUUUCUAAAUGCACAUCGUACUUUAGUCUGAUAAAAUGUCACAGCAAGUGCAAGAACAAGAUCGUGUUCAUGCACUUAAGAAACGACAAGAAGACGACGAGGACAAUGGCGUUGGGGCGAAAAGAAGCAAAAGUGAAACUAGCUGGGAGUCAUGCUUGGAUCAACCCAUGGAUUCCAGUGGUGUCCAUGAAGUUGUCAAGUACGGUGACUCACAUCUCCCAGCGAGAUACUAUGACCCAGACACCACUGAGCCCAUCAUCGGUGGUCUGCAGACAAUGGAGGAGCUAUUGUCCUGGAAAAGGAGUGAGGCUCACCCCUUUAACGUGUCCACUGUCGCCUUGUCCCCCAGAGACCCGCCCCUGUCCCACUCCCCUUUAAGGACACUGGUCUCCCACGACAUGAUGGGAGGGUACUUGGACGACAGAUUCUUACAGGGCACAGACUCGGCACUGCCUUACUCCUUCUACCACUGGCACCACAUCGACAUCUUCAACUACUUCACCCACAAUAUGGUGACCAUCCCCCCAGCCGGCUGGACCAAUGCCGGGCACAAGCAUGGGGUUCUGGUGCUGGGCACAUUCAUCACUGAGUGGACAGAAGGGGCUAAAGUGUGUGAGGACUUCCUGAAGGAUGAGGAGUCGUACAGGGCAGUGGCAGAUAAAUUGGUGCAGAUCUGUCACUGCUAUGGCUUCGAUGGAUGGUUGAUUAACAUAGAAAAUGAACUAAGUGCCUCUGCAGUGAAGACCAUGCCUCUCUUCCUGAGAUACCUCACAGAGCAGAUCCAUGAGAGGGUGUCUGCGGGGCUGGUGUUGUGGUACGACAGUGUGGUGCAAACAGGAAAGCUCCACUGGCAGAAUGAACUCAACCAGAACAACAGGCAGUUCUUUGACGUGUGUGAUGGCUUCUUCACUAACUAUAACUGGACAGAGCAGAAUCUGGAGUGGAUGAAAGGCUACAGCGCGGUGCAGGGCAGACAGGCAGAUGUCUACAUUGGGGUGGAUGUCUUUGGUCGAGGAGACGUAGUGGGGGGAAUGUAUGACACCAACAAGGCAUUGGAGCUGAUCCGAAAGCACAACUUUUCAGCAGCCAUCUUUGCUCCUGGCUGGGUGUACGAGACUCAGGAGAAGACAGAGUUCAGACACAACCAGGACAAGUUCUGGGGUCUGCUGUCAGAUCACCUGCCUCUCCACAGACAUGUCUCCUCCCUCCCCUUCACCUCCACCUUCUGCCAGGGCUUUGGGAAGAACUUCUACUGGAGAGGAAAGAUAGAGAGUGAGAGGACCUGGUUCGAUCUGAGUGCUCAGCAGAUACAGCCUCAGUUUUACACCUCUAAAGAGGGCCGGGCCUGGCUGAAGACUCGAGCGUGUCCAGAGCAUGUGUGGAGUAGGGGCUCGUCUCUGCUGCUGGAGGGGCUCAUCCCUGCAGAGCACACAGGGACUGUGGCUGCACGAGUCCUGUCUCUCCACGUGCCCAUGGCCUCCUCCACCCUGCUCUGUCUGGUGUAUAAAGCCUCCCCUGGAGUCUCUGUGUCUCUGGAAAACACCAUACAGCAUCCAAAUGAGGACAAAUUAACGAGUGUGUCUCCUGUGUCUCUGGAUGCGGGACAUGAUCUAGUCUCACAGUACACUCAGCUGUGUAGCCUUCACAAUGAGAAGGACUGGACUGUCACGUGUAUCUUACUGGAGGCACAGGGCUGUUCUCUCAGGGAGGUGUCUGUGAACAUCAGCAGAGAAGGAGAGCCUCAGGACACAGCCUUCUCCUGCAGAUUAGGACAGAUCACGCUGGUGGAUGCCUCCAGUCUCCAGCUUCCUGCAGACCGCAUAGAAGGCCUGUGCAUCUAUGAUGUGGUGUGGUUCCGUGGCUCCUCUGCAGACUCCCACCCUCCCGAGGUGCUUUUGAACGCCACACUGCGCUGGCACUUCAAACCUGAGCUAGCCUCUCACUACAGGGUGCACUGGAGGAGGCUGAGGGGCCCGGACCCCCGGGUCACAGGUGGGCCUCUGGUGUUGGUAUCCCGGGCGUACUCUCACAUCUUCAGGCUGAGAGAGCUGGUGGUCCCUGCUCCUCCCGGCCUGCUGGAGGUGCUGGUGGAGCCUGUGCUGAGGAGUGGGUUUGUUUUGCCCCAGAGCCAGUGGGGUCGGGUGCAGCUCAGCUAUUCCCAGGACCAUACAGUGGGGAGCCAAUGA